UUAUAAGCUGAACUAACAGGCAGUGAAUGUUUUACUGCUACAAGAUAAACCAUACUCGAUGAAUAUAGAAGACAAAGGCUCAAAAUAUUUAUAAAUACCAAUAAAAGAAAUAAGAAUUUUAACAUGGAUUCGUGCAACAACAAUGAAAAUGCAGCUAAUGGAACGAAUGUUAUCGAUGACUUGCUUUGUGAUAUAGCUGGUGAAAUUAUGGAGGUAUGUUCUCAAAAAAGAGUAGAGAGAGGAAACUUCUCGGGUGAGAUCUCAUUCAGUUUGGAUGAUAUAAUCAGUGCUGCAGUUAAUAAAAUAUUUGAGGCAUGUAAACUAUCAUUAACGGAUGACGGUAUUAAAAGAAAUUCUCCAUGUGCAAAUUUUGCUGAGAACAACUGCAAACCACCUCAAUCGAAGAUUUGUUGUAGUGCAGGAAGAGGAAAGCCAUGGAAUUAUUUGUCCUUUUCAGAGCCUUCAAAAGAUAAUUGCAGUUGGUGUGAACAGGUUGCUGCCCCAGUUCCUACUUACUAUCCACGCAGUCAAUCAUGUCCGCCAUCAAGACCUCCGCAAAGACCGCAACCAAGACCUCAAGCAUGUCCUCAACCAAGACCUCAAUCAUGUCCUCAAUCAAGACCUCAACAAAGACCUCAACCCAGGUCUCAAACAUGUCCUCAAUCACCAUUUCAAGGUGCUGCCCCAGUUCCUUCGUACUAUCCACGCAAACCACCAUGUCCUCAACCAAGACCUCAAGCUAGUGCUCAACAAUGUCCUCAACCAAGACCUCAAACUGGUGCUCAACAAUGUCCUCAACCAAGACCUCAAGCUAGUGCUCAACAAUGUCCUCAACCAAGACCUCAAGCUAGUGCUCAACAAUGUCUUCAACCAAGGCCUCAACCAAGGCCACAACCAAGACCUCAAUCAUGUCCUCAACCAACUACGGCACAAAACUCAGCAGGGUCGAAGCUGUGCUGCAACCAGGGUAGAGGAAAGCCAUGGAAUUAUAUGUCCUUUUCUGAGCCUUCAAAAGAUAAUUGCAGUUGGUGUGAACAGGUUGCUGCACCAGUUCCUUCAUACUAUCCACGAAGACCACAACCAAGACCUCAAGCAUGCACAGAAGUGCAA